UUAGCUUAUGUUGCUGAGGAUCUGCUGUUUGAAAAAUGCCUAUGUUUUGUGUAGUAUAUGGCUGCUCCAACCGCUCUAACAGAGAAAAAGAAAAAGGAUUUUAUAGCGUGCCAAAAAUUGUAGUUCACAAGGGCGAGAAAUGUAAGAAGCUCACAGAAAAACGCCGAAAACAGUGGAUUUUAAAUCUACGUCUGCGGUCGGGAGGAGCACAGUCUGCUAAUGCCCGUGUCUGCAGCGACCACUUCGUCAGAGGGUGCCCCAGCGCUUUGAGUGACGUUGAGUCGGUAGACUGGGCUCCGACGGUCAACCUAGGUUACGAAAAAACAAAGCCCAAAUCGGAGGCAUCUCUUCAAAGAGAGCAGAGGAUGAAGCUCAAAGAAGACCAACAAAGACGGUCGGAAUGUGCAGAGGCUAUGUUGGAUCUCCAACAGACAGCUGAGAGCCCGGGUAUGAGCCCGGAUCUGAGGCAGACAGCCGAGUGCUCCGAACUGAUGCAGCCAGCUGACAACCCUCAAUCAGAGGGCAUCAGUGGGAACGGGACAUUAAAUGAUCAAGGUAAAUUAUUGUAUUAA